AUGGAAGUGUUGACAUGAGUUCAUAUUGUUUUCACGUCAUCAUUUUUCACAAAAUAAUUUCUUUUAUGUUUCUUUCUUUCCCGUACCCGCGAGUAGCUUCUUGAUGCCAAACAAAUUUUCUUUGAUCUUUGUUUUUAUGAACACAAAUUGUUUUUAUCUUGUUCUAGAUUAUUUAUGAUUUAAUUUUUUUUUUCUCUAAUGACUCUAUAUAACUCCUUAGAAAACGGUUUAUCCGUUCGCGGUCACGACUUAACAGGGAAAGCGGAUCGGCUCUUGCCAGAGGUAACGAAAUCCGUGAUAUGAAUACAGACCAGGCAACGCGACAACCUUCGAAACAUGCUCAGGAUCACUUCACUUAUUCUUGGACGAUCAGAAGUUUUAAUGAACUCGUUACGUUUUACCCCAAUGCCGGUUUUGUUUUAAGUGACAGAUUCUGGUCACCACGACCUCCGUUAACGACUGAUUUUUCUCCAACAAAAAACAAACAAAACGAUCAUCCAUACUUAUGGCGUAUAAAGCUAUAUCCUAACGGCGUAAAUGAAGCAGCAAAAGGCCAUAUAUCUUUAUAUUUGGUAGCUAUACAAACUCCUUACGAAAAAGAAACAAAUAUAACAUUUCGAGAUAAAACUUUUAAGUUAGAAGUAUAUCGUCUAACAUCGGAUCCUAAUUCAACACCAUUUUCUUCAUCAAUUCCUACUCUCAUUCGAAAUGAGACGUUUACUAUGAAAUUCGAAUUUGAUGGUUUAGAUGAUUUUGGUCGUCAUCGUUUUUGUUCAUUUGAAAAUUUAUUUCCAAAUAGUGAUACAAGUGCAGAUAUUGAUUUGCUUGUAAAAGUUCAUGUUUUUAAUACGACCACAACUGAUGAUACUUCAGAUGAACCUAUAGAACAAAUUGAAUCUGAAUUCCCUUCCUUUAAACAGCAUCUAGAUGAUGGAAAGUUUAGUGACGUAGAAUUCACUUUUGAUUGUGGAUCAGUUAUAAAAGCACAUCGAAUAAUUCUUGCGACGAGAUCAUCUUAUUUUGAAAAAUUAUUGGGUGAUAAAUGGAAAGAAGGACAAAUGAAAACAAUACCUAUAAAACAUAUGGAAUAUACUACUUUUCGUUCUAUAUUAUAUUACCUUUACACGGGCAAAUUAGAAGUUAGAUUAGAAUUUGAUGUAUUAAAAGAUGUUUAUUCAAAAGCUGAUAUGUUAAAUUUAGAAAGAUUCGGUGAAAUGGUAGCCGAACGGAUUGCGGAUAUGGUAAAUAGUGAUAAUUGGGAUGAAAUAUUACUGUUAGCAUGGGAAGUUGGUGAUACCCGCUUAAAAGAAGCCGCACUAGAAUAUGCAGUAACAAGGUGGGAUGAAAUUAGAGAUAGUGAGAAUAUGAAAAGGGUAAUGGCUUGUGGUAAUAUGGGUUGGAUUGAAGAGUUAAUGAAAGCUAGAUAUAUAAGUAUGCAAAUUUCAUAAAUUAUAUGUUUUCUCCCUAUUUAAGAAACUUGUUUAUUUAUAAUCAAAUA